GUAACAUACUAUAAUGAAGUUAUGAUACAUAUUUAUUUCUACUCAUAGAAACAUACUAAACUAAUGCACAUAGUUUCAAGUCAAUCAUGAGUAAACACAACAAUAAAGAAAGAAAGAAUCAUUUAAAGAAAAAAAAUGAUUUGGUGAACACACAUAUAAUUCUCUAACUACAAAUAAGAAUAAUAUUUGUGUUCAUUUACUUGUCAGCCUAAUAUAGUUGUGUUAUAUAAAAGCUAAUUUUCGGAAUAGCUCAUUUUUUAAAAUUCUCAUCUAGUCAGGUGAAUUGAAGCUAAUUUACUAAAAUAUGAAUCUACGAAUGAAAAUAGUGAUAUCACAAGGUACUUAAAAUUGUGAAUGGUAUAAAAGUACUGUUGUAUUUAGACGUGAUACUUGACUGUGUUUAUAUUACUAGAUUAACUUAAAUGGGAGAACGCAAAGCUGUUAUUAAGAAUGCUGAUAUGCAUGAAGAUAUGCAAGAGACCGCUGUACAUACAGCUGCUGCUGCACUUGACAAAUAUGAAAUUGAAAAAGAUGUUGCUGCUUAUAUAAAAAAAGAAUUUGAUCGAAAAUAUAAUCCAAAUUGGCAUUGUAUUGUUGGAAAACACUUUGGAAGUUAUGUAACACAUGAAACACAACAUUUCAUAUACUUCUAUUUACAAGAACGUGCAUUCCUCCUCUUCAAAUCCGGUUAGAAGACAUCUCAUUGACAAAUCUGAACAAAACAAAAACUCAUUUAGUUUAAUUCAAAUGUACACUAGUUAGCAUACAAUCAUGUUUAAAAUUAUAAUCUAAAUCGUAUGAUUUAUUCUCUUUUUUUUGAACAACAAUAACAAGAAAAAGAAGAAAAAAUAGUACAACGACACUUUUGUACUGUUAUCUCAAAACAUUUUGUAACUUUUUUUU